GGCAGAGCUCCGGGAAGGCACAGAGGCUCCUGCAGGGCUUGCAAGGGUCUGACAACCCUUCAUGUAGGUGAGCUGUGGAAAACAUCCGGAAACGAGGACACUGUGGGAGUUCCCCACCAUGGCCUGUGUUGUGCCAAUAUUAUGGAAGAUCCAGGCCAUUAAGGGUUGGUGCGCUCUUGGCCAAGUUCCCAUCAGACCCUUCAGCAAACGUCCCUCGGUGCCCGCGGCUCAGAAUUUUUCAGACUAUGACUCCAUCCGAGAACAGUAUAAGCCCGAAGUGCCGGAGUGCUUCAACUUUGCAAAAGACGUGCUUGACAAGUGGGCCCAGAUGGAAAAGGAGGGAAGAGGACCGUCCAAUCCAGCCCUCUGGUGGGUCGGCGACCAAGGGGAGGAAGUGAAAUGGAGCUUUGAAGAGCUGGCAUCUAUCUCCAAGAAAGCAGCCAACCUGUUUUCGGAGCAGUGCGGCCUGCAGAAGGGAGACCGGGUUGUAGUGAUCCUGUCGCGGAUACCCGAGUGGUGGCUCUUGAACGUGGCUUGUCUGCGAACAGGAACUGUUCUCAUCCCCGGGACCACGCAGCUGACCGCAAAAGACAUUCUGCACAGGCUGCAGGCGUCCCGGGCCAAGUGCAUCAUCACCGAUCAAGCCUUAGCCCCGGCCGUAGACAGCGUGGCUUCCGAAUGCCAGUCUCUAGCGGUCAAGCUCAUCGUGUCAAGAGACCCCAGGGAUGGCUGGCUCAAUUUCCAUGAUUUGCUGAACCGUGCACCUGCUGACCACAGCUGUGUGGCCACCAAGAGCUGCGAGCCAAUGGCAAUCUAUUUCACCAGCGGCACAACUGGUGCUCCCAAAAUGGCCGAGCAUUCCCACUGCAGCCACGGAAUCGGACUUGCCCUCAACGGAAGGUACUGGCUUGACCUAACUCCCGCAGACUUGAUUUGGAACACUUCGGAUACAGGUUGGGCAAAAUCCGCAUGGAGCAGUGUCUUUGCGCCAUGGAGCCAGGGGGCAGGCGUCUUUGUCCACGGCAUGCCACGUUUCGAGCCAAAGCCUGUUCUUGAAACCCUGUCGAAGUUUCCCAUAACAACUUUCUGUUCUGCGCCCACUGCUUAUCGGAUGCUUAUACGCCACGAUUUAAGCAGUUACUCCUUCCGCAGUCUGAAGCACUGUGUGAGCGCUGGAGAGCCCAUGAACCCUGAAGUGAUGGAGGACUGGAAAAGAGAAACAGGCUUGGAUAUCUACGAGGGCUACGGACAGACGGAAACGGUGCUGGUCUGCGGAACGUUCAAGGGGAUGAAAAUUAAGCCCGGCUCUAUGGGGAAGCCGUCUCCUGCCUACGACACUCAGAUAAUAGAUGAAGACGGCAACAUUUUGCCUCCUGGGAAAGAAGGAGACAUCGCCAUCAGAAUCAAACCGACACGCCCGUUUCCCCUUUUCACGCAGUACACGGACGAUCCUAAGAAGACAGCCUCAACUGUACGUGGAAAUUACUACGUCACUGGAGACAGAGGGCUUCGAGACGAAGAAGGCUACUUCUGGUUCGUAGGAAGAGCCGACGAUGUCAUCAAUUCGGCCGGGUACCGCAUUGGACCAUUUGAAGUGGAGAGCGCCUUGAUAGAGCAUGAAGCCGUUGUGGAAUCUGCCGUUGUCAGCAGUCCAGAUGCCCUCAGAGGAGAGGUUGUGAAAGCCUUUGUCGUGCUGGCCCCUGAGUACGUCUCACAUGAUCCCGAAAGGCUAACCAAGGAGCUGCAAGACCACGUCAAACAGGCCACCGCUCCGUACAAGUAUCCAAGAAAAGUGGAGUUUGUGCCGCAUUUGCCAAAGACGGUCAGCGGGAAGAUCAGAAGGAACGAAUUGCGCAAGAAGGAGUGGGGAGAAGCUUAGAGCCCCCUGCUUUUUGCUUGCAAGAGUUUGUUCCGAGAACAGAGAGUUUUUAUAUUGUUUCCUUGUGUGCCGGCGCUGGAUGGAAGACUCACAAGUCCACUCCCUCAGAAGCAGAGCCCGAGGGAUUACAGCGAAGUACAGGGUCAGACCUUUGGGUGAGGAUGAGUGGUUGAGCCGCCGCUCCCAACCUCACAAGAAAUCCCCAAGCAUCCUGCCAGGUUAACCAAAGUCAAGCGAAACUCUACUUCCAGAUGUUGACUUGCGUAAGAACGUUGCGUACCCCACCCCCCACCCCAAGCCACAAACAGAUUGGCUUCCAAAACAGUGCUGUGAGUCUGAUGCUGAAGCCAAAGUGAUCAAACAUAGAGUCUGGUUCCUUCUUUUUACCCUGACCAAAGCGAUUGAAGAAUGACCAAGUAUUCCCCACAGGGCGUAUGCCCAGAGGAGACCGUCCAUUCAGACUGCUUCAAACAGGAUAACAAUGCUGGCAUCCAGUUCUGGCCUGUUUGGAGAGUUAAAACUGUAUGUUGGCAGACUGGGAAAGGUCUGGAGCAAACCUAAGUCAUUUUAAUCAGGUUUGGUUUCAGCGGCUGAGAGAUUGUGUUUGCCCACGCUCCCUCUGCGUGGCUGGCCCUUCAGUGAGCCCCCCCCCAAUGCUCAGCCUUCCCAGUUCUUACCCAUUACAAGUUCCUUUAUCCACCUGAGCCCCUCAGCUAGUAGAUGUUGAAAAUCUGCCCACAGCCCAAUUUUAGCAAUCUCCCCCCUCCUGUUUAUAAGUGAGCACAGAAGAACCAGUAUGCUGUAGUUGUUAAGAGAGGAAUCCACAUUGCCUCUUAGCUUGAGAAACAACUUUUAAGUCGUAAAACCAGAUGCUGCUCUUCAUGCCUUUCGUAAUGGUGGACGUGCGCCAUCAAGAACAGAAAGGAGCCCUGCAAUACUGCUUUGUAAGCUAAGCAACUUUUCCUUAAGUCGACACUGAAGGCUGUUCUCCUAGACCAGGCGUAGGGAACCUGCGGCUCUCCAGAUGUUCAGGAACUACAAUUCCCAUCAGCCCCUACCAGCAUGGCCAAUUGGCCAUGCUGACAGAGGCUGAUGGGAAUUGUAGUUCCUGAACAUCUGGAGAGCCGCAGGUUCCCUACCCCUGUCCUAGACAUUUCAGGAGCAAACAACCUAGCUUCCUAGCUCCAUUUCAAUGAAUGAUCCCAGCUCUCCAGCUGUUGAAAAGUCUUGGAAUCUGCAUGUCAGUUUAGAAGACAGGCAGUGGGAUCCUCAAGUUUGAUGGCAAGCUGGCGCAACCGUCUGGCUUUUCUAGGCCACACAAAACCAAA